AGAUCCAGCCCGCGAGCCACGCAGGCGGCUCUCUAGGCAACCCCGUGGGCCGCUCCGCCUCCCGGCCUCCCUAGCGGCGGCGGCAACGAGGACCCAGCGGGACUCAAGGCCCAAACUACCGAUGGCGGGCGAAAUGCCUUCUGGGAAACGUAGUUCGGAUUUAAUUUUUUUUUAAAUCGGCGACGGAUUGGCCACAGUGGGAGGAGGCGGGUUUUUCAGGAGGGAGAAGGUUGUGAUUGGUCGGUUUUGCACGAAUUGUAAUGAUGGAGAGGGAAGAGGCGGCCCAAAUGUCCCUCCUCGGAGGCUGGGAUUGAUCGGUUAGCCAAGGCGAGGCCUAAAAAUGACGCACAUCCGCGAUCGCCUUGAGUGACCGAGGUUGUGACCAACUGGAGGCGGCGGAUAAAAGGAAGAAAAGAUGGCGGCACCGCCACCAACGCAGCCGGCGCCGCAGCCUCCGCAAGCGCCUACGGCCGGCGUCUCCGGCCCAGGAUCGACUGGUGCCUCGGUUCCGGGGCCCCCGCAGGCUCAGGCACCGCAGCAGCAGCCUCCCUCGGCACAGCUUGUAGCGGCCUCACAGAUCCAGGCGGCUCAGAGCGGCCUCCUACAGCAGCAGCAGCAGGACUUCGACCCUGUGCAGCGUUACAAGCUCCUGAUUCCUCAGCUUAAAGAGAGCCUACAGAACCUGAUGAAGGUGGCAGCCCAGAACCUGGUGCAGAAUACCAACAUCGACAAUGGCCAGAAGAGCAGUGAGGGCGGGCUGCAGCGCUUCGACAAGAGCCUCGAAGAGUUCUAUGCCCUCUGUGACCAGCUGGAGCUAUGCCUGCGCCUGGCCUACGAGUGCCUGUCCCAGAGCUACGACAGCGCCAAGCACUCGCCGACGCUGGUGCCCACGGCCACCAAGCCGGACGCAGUGCAAGCCGAGAGCCUGCCCUACCCGCAGUACCUGAGCAUGAUCAAGGCCCAGAUCGGCUGCGCUAAGGACAUCCACAACGCCCUGCUGGAGUGCUCCAACAAGGUCACGGGCAAGCUGCCGGCGCCAGGCGGGCUCUGACCUCGGACGGCCUCUGCGGGGAGGGAAGCAGGGACGUAGGGGACGGGGCUUGGCUUUUUUAAAUUAAAGGUUCCUAACUACGUUA